AUGGCUCUGUCCUGUACAUUGAGGCUACCGUGCCGGCACCUUCACUCUUCCAGUGCUCUCCUGAGCAGCCUGCCCGGUCGGGACCGCAGCCUGCUGACGGAGAAGAAGACAACAGCAAAGUUGAAGGAGAAAAAAAAGGCCAAGGAGGACUGCAGCCUGCCAGGUUCCUCGUGGGAGGAGAGGUUAGCGAACGCAGUGACUCCACUGUGGAGACUAUCCUAUCAAGAGCAGCUGCAGGUGAAAUAUGAAAGCCAGAGGAAGAUUUUGCAGACACUGACAUCUCGUCUUGAGGAGCUGGGCAUAGAUGCACAGAAACCUGGUGGAGUCUGCUGUCCUCUCCAGCCUGUAGUCCCUUCGCCCAUCAUUAAUGGCUACCGAAACAAAUCUUCUUUCUCUGUGAACCGAGGACCGGAUGGGAACCCCAAAACCGUGGGGUUGUAUGUGGGAACUGGCAGAGCAAGAAAUAUUGUUUGUGUGAAAGCCAACCACCUGGAGAACAUACCCCCAAAACACAAACAAGUAGCCCAGUGCUAUGAGGACUUCAUCCGUCACUCCCCCCUGGACCCCUGCAUCCUCUUCCAUGAAGGUGGACACUGGCGGGAGCUCCUGGUGCGCACCACCAGCUGCGGCCACACCAUGGCUAUCAUUACCUUCCACCCCCAGGAGCUGGGCCAGGAGGCACUGGCUACUCAGAAAGCAUUGCUUAAGGAGUUCUUCACGUGUGGGGCUGGAACAGUCUGUGCCUUGACUUCACUUUAUUUCCAAGAGAGCACCAUGACACGCUGCUCCCACGAGCAGUCCCCCUUCCAGCUCCUUCACGGAGAACCGCACAUCUUUGAAGAACUGCUUGGCCUGAAGUUUCGCAUCUCUCCGGAUGCCUUUUUCCAAGUAAACACGGGUGGAGCAGAAGUUCUGUAUCAGGCGGUCGGGGAGCUGAGUCAGGCUGGUGGGGACACUGUCCUCCUUGACAUCUGCUGUGGAACGGGCACAAUUGGUCUCUCUCUGGCCCACCAAGUGUCCAAGAUUAUUGGUAUUGAGGUGGUGGAGAAGGCAAUAGAGGAUGCCAGGUGGAAUGCAGCAUUCAAUGGAAUUUCAAACUGUGAGUUUCACGGUGGAAAGGCAGAGGCUGUGUUACCACAACUCCUGUCAUCGUGGGAGGAUGCCCAACCCCUUGUUGCUGUGGUGAACCCAUCUCGGGCUGGGCUCCAUCACAGGGUUGUGCGAGCCAUCCGAAACUGCAAGUCCAUCCGAAGGCUGCUCUACAUCUCCUGCAAGCCAGAGGCUGAAGCCAUGAGGAACUUUCUUGAUCUGUGCUGCCCUCCUGACCCAGGGAAGAAGCUGGCGGGAGAGCCAUUUGCCCCCACAUUGGCUAUACCUUUUGACAUGUUCCCUCAUACUGUUCACUGUGAGCUGGUGCUGCUGUUCACCCGCUGA